AUGGCCGCCGCGCUUCAUGUGGUGUGUUUGCUGCUGCUGCCGCUGCUGCGGGAGGCUACGUACACGCCUGGCAAGCAGCAUAAGGUCUUACACCUGGAUUGGCCCAAAGAUUGCGGGAUGGCCUACUUCAAACCCAACAUGGUCGAGAGGAUCGUGUCGGGCAACGAGGCUAGACCGCAUUCCUGGCCUUGGCAAGUCUCUCUGCAGGUUCGACCCAGAGGUAGUAAACAUCACAUUCACGUCUGUGGAGGAACUUUGAUCCACAAGAAUUGGAUCCUCACUGCUGCUCACUGCUUCCAAAAGGGAAAAGCUGAGGACGCCGGCUCGUGGAGGAUCGUGCUUGGCAAACAUCGGCUGAGGCGCUCCGAAACGGCCGAGAGGGUCUUCCCAGUGAAGCGCAUCUACCGGCAUGAGAAUUUCCGCUACCCGGCGCAUAGCGAGCUGGACUAUGACAUCGCUUUGGUGAAGGCAGCCGUUGACAUCCUCCCGUCCAACUUCAUCCGCUACGCCUGCCUGCCGCGCAAGCAGACCAGCCUUAAGCCGGGACACUACUGCUGGGUGACGGGCUGGGGUGACACUCGGGGUGGGAAGGAAAACGUUUCCCUGGCAGAGGCUCUCAACCAAGCCCGCCUCCCCAUCAUCGACUUCAAAACCUGUCGGCAGAAGAAGUUCUGGGGUGACCGCGUGCGAGACUCCAUGAUCUGCGCUGGCUUUAGGGACAUCGAGGAUCCGCCCGCCGCCUGUCAGGGGGAUUCUGGAGGGCCUCUUUUGUGCCAGCUGGGCCGCGAGCAUUGGGAGGUCCAUGGCGUGGUGAGCUUCGGCCCCAUCGGCUGCACGGUCGAGAACAAACCCAGCGUCUUCACCCGCACCGCCGCUUACAUCCCUUGGAUCGAGGCCACACGCAUCCGAGACUUCUUCCUGCACUGACGUC